AUGACAACAAUGUCGCCUGAUGAUGUAGUGUUGAGACGAAGGAGGCAAAAGCUGCCUCGAGUCGCCAGCGACCCUACCGAGGCGUUCGCCAUGCCGCCGCUACCUUCAAAGACAAGCAGCGGCUCCAAAUCCUCUCCGUCUUUGAGGAAGGACGAACAGGUGUCGAAGGCGAACUACCUUCCCAUGCUCAGUCCAUCAGGUGGCAGGGGCGCCGCCAACAAGGGACGAAGUGCGUCUCAUCGACCGAGGCAGCAGAAGCCGCCAGUGCAAGACUUGAGAAUACAAGCCAUGUCACUCUGCAAGAGGCAUCAAAUGAGCUUCUCAGAGGUCAUGAGUGUAUUGGAAGCUUUGCAACAUGCCCAUGCGGACAAGCACGGUGUGGCGUUCGAUCGGUUCAGGAAUUUUAUGCAGCGGGCUCUGUAUGUUGAGCACAUCAGCGAUGACUUGCUCCAGAGUGCCUAUGAAACCUGUACAUCGCAGGGUUACAUAAAUGUAGAUGAGUUUCUGAACUGGUGCAAGGCCCACAUGUUCUCCGUCGUGGCGGGGUUGACAGCAGACUCCGAUCAUACAACGUGCGGCGCUCACCGGCCAGGAUGA